CUGGGAGCUUUGGGACACAUUCAAACUGAGGAGAAAGAUGGAGAUGAGAUCAGUUGUUCUUCUGCUCUGCACCUUUGCAGCUGUGAGCAAUGGUCAAGAUGCUCCACGUUACUGGUACACCAGCCCUUAUCCAGAUUACUGGACCACUGAAGAGGCCACCACUCCAGAUUACUGGAUGACUCAUGAUGCCACCCCAGACCCAUCUGCACCACCAUGUGGUGGGUACUUGACUUCAUCAUGGGGUGUGAUUGAAAGCCCUAACUAUCCUCAUGGUUAUGCCAACAAUCUUCACUGCACAUGGAGGAUCCGGAGUACAGGAAACCGAAUCAUAUCCAUUAAUUUCCUAAACAUCAGUCUAGAACAAGCUACUGGCUGCAUGUAUGAUUCUGUCAGUGUCUACAAUGGCCCCACAACAUCUUCAAGUCUCCUCAGCAAAAUGUGUGGCAACAUCAAUGACAUGGUAUUGAAUUCCACUGGAAAUGAUUUGACAGUCAUUUUUAGGACUGAUAACAGUCAAUCUCUGUCAGGAUUCCAUGCCGAGUACACUUUUAACGAUGUGCCCUCUUGCAGAUACAACUGUGGCAGAAGUUUUAAUGCAUGUUCUUGUAGUUCCUCCUGUCUUUUCAGCGGAAAUUGCUGCCCUGACAUCUACAAUUACUGCCACGUAGAUACAUCAACAGCAUCACCAGAUUACUGGACCACCGGUUCAGGUUCCUGCUUAUAUAAUUGUGGCUACAACAUUGGUAGCUGUUCCUGCACAAGUUCAUGCCAAUACUAUGGAAACUGCUGUCAUGAUUACUUUGAUUACUGUGAAAGUAUCUCUACAACAUAUCAACCAGCCACCACGAUUUACAACUCCUGCAGGUACAAUUGUGGCAACAACUAUGGUAGCUGUUCCUGCUCAAGUUCAUGCCAACACUAUGGAAACUGCUGUCCUGAUUACUAUGAUUACUGCCACAGCACAACCUGGGACCCACUACCAGCCUCAACACUGGACCAUCCAGAAUGUGGAGGACACCUGAAUGGUUCUGGAACUUUCUCCAGCCCAUAUUAUCCAAGCUAUUACCAUGAUAAUGCCUACUGUGUGUGGAGUCUGUCAGCUCCUCAUGGACAAAGAAUCCUCCUCACUUUUUCAGAUCUGGAGAUGGAGCGCUGCUGUAGCUGUGACUACAUCACUGUGCAUGACGGCUCCUCAGUGGGCCACAACCAGCUGGGUCGGCUCUGCCACAACUCCUCUCUGGACACCUUCCACUCUUCCUCCAACUACAUGACUGUGCGUUUCCGUAGUGAUAGUAGUGUAGUAGGUCGUGGCUUCCAGGCUCAAUUCAUCAGCUCCCUGCCGACUGAUAAAGGCAGGGUGCAGUGUGUUUUAGACAACAUGAACAUUGUUAUUUCAAGAUCUUUCCUGGCUAGUCAGGGAUUCAAUGGUCAUGAUCUUUAUGUCAAUGAUGAACACUGUCGGCCGACCACAAACAGUUACCAGGUGAUGUUUGAGUUUCCUCUCAACCGCUGUGGAACAGUGAGAAAGUUUGACAACGGUCGUGUAAUUUAUGAAAAUGCUGUGCGGGCAUAUCCAACCAGCUCUGGGGAGAUCACGCGUCAUUCAAGUGAAUUCAAGUUGUUUGUUACCUGUCACAUGGAAAAGGACUCCGUAUCACAGAUCAUGUAUCUUGCCAGAGAAAAUUCCACCUUUACCAUCACUGGAACUGGUCGAUUCAAUACUACCAUGGCUUUCUACACCUCUGGGAGCUUCUACCAGCAAAUUCAUGAUAAUCCGUACUAUGUAACUCUCAAUCAGUACAUGUACGUUAAGGUGAGCCUAAGGAGACCUGACAGCAGCCUCGUCCUCUUUCUGGAUACGUGUGUGGCCUCACCAAACCCACAUGACUAUGCUGACUACCGCGCCUAUUAUCUACUGGUCAAUGGGUGUCCAAAAGACACAACAUACUACUCCUAUGUGAGCGGCUCUGAGAGUCACGCAGGCUUUCGCUUCCAGGCUUUCAAGUUCCUGCGGGCACAUGAAUAUGUGUACCUGCAGUGCAAGGUCAUCAUCUGCCCUAAAAAUGACUACAACUCUCGCUGUCGAGACGGAUGCCGCACCCGCAAAGCUCGAAGUUUGGACUCUGAGCACCACACAGCCACCAUGGUCCUGGGGCCUAUCAGGCUGAAAGAUGUGGAGAAUCCUAUGGUGAAGCAGCUGGAGGACAACGUGGCUAAGGUGGAUGUCUGAAGAAACCACUCAUGUUCUCACCGGUCCAAAUUAAUCAAUAAAUUCAUCUCAUUAUUUCCUGUUUACAAAUCAUGUAUAUCAGAAUCGCUCUCUGAUGCCUUGCUGCAAAUUACUCUCUUUUUCCUAUAACUUUGUCUAUCAACAAAAUUAUUAAAGCAUUCCAAAAAAGCAA